CUCUCAACAAACGUGCCCGCACUCACCAUGUCCUUUGGGUUCAGUGUCGGAGACUUCCUCGCCGGGGCAAGCCUGGCUUACAAGCUCUACAAGUCGCUCUCGGAAACGAAAGGCACAUCAAGAGACUACCGAACUUUGACUUCGAAGUUUCUCAUCGUGCACAAAGUCCUCCUCCAAGUUGAGCAACUCCGGGCGGCUAACCAACUUGCCCAGUCGACUUUGAAUGCCGUCCUCUUCCUUACCAACGGAAUCAACGAGGCGAUGGGUGAGUUCAUGGUCAGAUUGGACCAUUAUCGAGAGGGUCUACAGACAGGGGGAUCUGGAAAGCCGGUUAAAGACAUUUACUUGAAAAGUAAAUGGUCGUUGAAGAUGCCUGACGAGAUAAAGAGACUCUCCGAGAUCCUUAAUUCGAACUUGCUGUCUCUCAGCAUUCUAAUACAGAUGGCCUGUUGGUUCAACACUGAGAGCCAACUCGGAUAUUCAGUGAAAUUUUAUCGAGUAGGUCAGAGUGAAGGCUCCUCCAAGUGUGGCUUUCCGCAUGUUAAAUUAUGUGCCACUCUCACAAAUAAAAGCACAAAUUGUUCAAGCCCCAACUUUGGCAUGGUGCCCCGAGCCAAGGCCUCAGACUUUUUUAGGCCUGGCCAGGUAUUCUCGGUGGCUGUUGAAGGAAGGCUGUUGCUGCAUACAACAGAUACUCAUACAAUGAUUAAUUGGGGAAGUCUGCCAUUCGAAUGGGUCCCUUUGAAAUCAAUUCCAAACAUUCAUGAGCGUGAGAAGGAACGAGCUAUCCGGCAGAAGAAGAACCUCAAGGAUAUUCAUAAGCUCCCACUGGCUGCAAUGUUCCAGUUCGGGAGUGUCCUAGACGACGGUCGAGUUCGAUGUCAUCUCUGUUCAACCAAGGCCGUGUUCCACAAGGCCUUUUGGGUUGACAACCACUUCAGAGUAAAUCACAACGCGCAAUACCUUGAACUGCGGGAUAAGUCAAGCCGAUAUCAGAGGCAUAAAUAUAUAGGUUUAGAUGAAAUGGGUACAGAUCGCCCUGUGCUAUCCAGUGGUCAAAUCGAGGACCUCGUCCGAAAACUCAGCGAUUGGCUCCCUGCCAGCAACGCACAUGAUCCUUGGGUUGGAUCCAUUAUGCUUCGCCGGUUUGUUGUUGUCCGACAGGGCACUGAAUCCUGCCUUUGCCUUGGUAUACACACAUAUGCUGGAAGGGGAAGCUCUGACCAACCUGACCAAGAGCUCUUUUCUAUACUCCACUCCUCAAAAGAUAUUCCCCCUUUGUUGCCGAAAGAAAAAGGCAUCAAACUUCAACCCAUACGCCUAAAAGCCGAGCAUCCAUCCACAGCAUUGCCCAGUUCUGCUCGGAUCCACUUUGGGCGCGUGUAUGAGGUCCAGCAUGAUGUGGGUCUCAAGAGCAUCGGUUUAAUCCAUGACUCGUCCAUGGAAGCGCUCACCUCACAGUUUGAUGCUCACUGCCAGACAAGGCCCAUAAAUUCCUCUGAUCAGGGUGCAGCAAGCACUGCGGAAGGAGAGGCUUCGGCAGAUGCCACAGUCAUGCCUGCAGAUUCCCACAUUGCUAAAGAGAUCCGCGACAAUGUCAAGUCCAUCAACGGUAUUGACUCGGCCUUGCAUGCUGGGAAUAUAUUCACCCCGAGGUCCUGGGUAGAUGAGCUAAGGAUGUACCUCGGCAGGAGUUGACGGAGCAAGCGGAUCUAGUUUCCCCAUUUCAUGAUUUUCGGCCGGAUCCUAUACCUUACUUGAGCUUUCAACUACGCCCCAAUAGACAUUCACAACCUGCCCUGAAAUCCUAUACCUAACCUGGCCUGAACCUCCUGGGUCUAUGUCACGGCUAGACUUGUACACAAUCGAGUUCGGUCGAGUUUAGGCUUAUAUAAGGUCCUGUCACGGCCCAGGCCGGACCAGGUUAUGGGACUAGCCCUAGCCCUAACCCACAGGCGGUAUCCGGCCGUAUGUAUGACCGGAUUAGGGUCCACCCGGUUUGUUAGACAUGGCUAACCCUAGAUAGACUAUAACUAGAUUAAAAAAGAUUAUAUAAUUAUAUCUCUUAUAUAGCUCCGGC